CAGCUGGGCGUGCGCGGCUGGCUCCCGAAGCAGGCAGCAGCUGCUACUGUCAGCGGCGUCAGCGGGAAGAGAGCAGCCGAGAGAGAGAGACUCCAAAAUAGACGCGCUUCUUUCCCAGGAGCCAUGUCGUCGAGCGAGGGGCUGGGGGUGCAAGAGGAGAACUUGCAGGGUUCCUGGGUGGAGCUGCACUUUUCCAGCAACGGGAAUGGUAACGGUGCCCAGCCAACAAGCCAGGAGCAAGGCCCAGCCUCGAUUUCUAUUCACAAUGGCGACAUGGAGAAAAUCCUUCUAGAUGCCCAGCAUGAGUCUGGAAGAAGCAGCUCACGAGAGAGCUCCCAUUGUGACAGUCCUCCUCGAUCCCAGACGCCUCAGGACAUUCACAGAGCUUCUGAAGUCGAGAGCCGUGGCAGCGGAGAAAAGAAUAGCUCUCAGUCUGAGGAAGAUUUUCAGGAAAGAAGGAAAGAAGUUGAACAGCUUUUGAAGAAAAAUUCUGACUGGAUGUGGGACUGGUCCAGCAGGCCUGAAAACAUUCCACCCAAGGAAUUUCUGUUUAAACACCCCAAGCGCACUGCCACCCUCAGCAUGAGAAACACGAGCGUGAUGAAGAAAGGGGGCAUCUUCUCUGCGGAAUUUUUGAAGGUUUUUCUGCCAUCUCUGUUGCUUUCCCAUCUGCUUGCCAUUGGAUUAGGGAUUUAUAUCGGAAGACGGUUGACAACUACAGCUUACAGCACCAGUUCGUUGUAAGAUGGGAACAAAUCUUCAUCUCCUACAAAAACCAUGACUACAUUCAUCCAGACAUGCAAAAUGGUGAAUGAAAAGGAACUCCUGUGUGUGCAGAAGUGGCACAGCUAUGUAUGUUUUGGUCCCUAAAUGUGUGCUCUUGGGGCUUUUUCUAAUUGUAGAGGGAAAGAUUGAAAACCAACACCAAACGACUCCUUUGUAAACUAACCUCUUGUCGCUCAAGUCAUCAAAUUUUUGACAGAGGUCUUUAAAUGAACUGUGUGUUUGUGAACAGAAUGUCUAUAUUGAAAAUUAUGUAGCAAGGGAUUAAAUGGUUCGUCUUGUUU